CGACUCCUUUCACUCUCCCCGCACAUACUCUGGCGGCAGUCACACACAGCACAUAGAACAAGGGUGAGGGGGGAGGAGGCCUCGCCGGAGUCCAGCAUGGAGAAGGCAAGCCUCGAGGAAGCGCUCCUCCCGAGGAGCCUGGUGUGCAAGGAGCUCGGAGGGGAUGAGAGCCUGGCGGUGGGCGACGAGGUGAAGCGGCAGCUGUGGCUGGCCGGGCCGCUCAUCGCCGGCUGCCUGAUGCAGAACCUCAUCCAGAUGAUCUCCGUCAUGUUCGUUGGCCACCUCGGCGAGCUGCCCCUCGCCGGCGCCUCCAUGGCCAGCUCCUUCGCCGCCGUCACUGGAUUCAGCCUGCUGCUUGGCAUGGCAACUGCAUUGGACACUCUAUGCGGACAAGCAUUUGGCGCGAGGCAAUACCACCUCCUUGGCAUCUACAAGCAACGCGCAAUGGUGGUGCUCACGGCCGCAAGCGUCCCGCUCGCCGUGGUGUGGUUCUACACCGGCGAGAUCCUGCUCCUGUUCGGGCAGGACCCUGACAUCGCCGCGGAGGCGGGCACGUACGCGCGGUGGAUGAUCCCGGCGCUCUUCGCCUUCGGCCUGCUGCAGUGCCACGUCCGGUUCCUGCAGACGCAGAACAUCGUGCUCCCGGUGAUGCUGAGCGCCGCCGCGACGGCGCUGUGCCACCUCGUCGUCUGCUGGCUGCUGGUGUACGUCCUCGGGCUGGGCAGCAAGGGCGCCGCGAUCGGCAACGCCGUCUCCUACUGGAUCAACGUGGUCAUCCUGGCCGUGUACGUGAGGGUGUCGAGCUCCUGCAAGAAGACAUGGACGGGGUUCUCCAUGGAGGCCUUCCAUGACCAGCUCGGCUUCUUCAGGCUCGCCGUGCCGUCGGCUCUCAUGGUCUGCUUGGAAUGGUGGUCGUUCGAGACCCUGGUGCUUCUUUCGGGGCUUCUUCCUAACCCCAAGCUGGAGACGUCUGUCCUGUCCAUCACCCUCAACACCGCCAACUGCUUGUUCAUGAUCCCCUACGGCCUCGGCGCCACCAUAAGCACCCGGGUUUCGAACGAGCUGGGCGCCGGCCGACCACGGGCUGCCCGCCUCGCCGUGCGCGUCGUCAUGUUCUUCGCCAUUUUGGAAGGAUUGGUCAUGGGCAUCGUCCUGGUGUCUGUGCGCCACGUCUGGGGCCAUGCUUACAGCGACGAGGAGGAGGUCGUCACGUACGUCGCCAAAAUGGUGCUGGUCAUUGCAGUCUCCAACUUCCUCGACGGCAUUCAGAGCGUUCUCUCAGGUGUGGCUAGAGGCUGUGGGUGGCAGAAGAUCUGCGCCUGCAUCAACCUUGGCGCGUUCUACGCCGUGGGCAUACCGGCGGCGUAUCUGCUCGCCUUCGUGCUGCACGUCGGCGGGAUGGGACUUUGGAUGGGAAUCAUCUUCGGUAUUCUGGUGCAGGUCUUGCUGUUCGUGGCCAUCACACUCUGCACCGACUGGCAGAAGGAGGCAACGAAGGCAAAGAACAGAGUCUUCACUUCUUCUCUUCCGACGGAUCUACUAGAGAAAUGAAGAUAUGGCUUAGUGCUACUGAAGUAGCCAACAUAUGCUUAGCAUGGAGGAGAGUGUGCGGGCAGGGCCUGUAAGAGCAGAUACGUAACAAGGCAGAACACAGAGUCUGGCCUUGUGAAUUUGGUACAAGUUUCCAAUUCCCAUGGCGCGAAAAAUGUUUGCUAUCACACGAUGAGAUGUGUGAGCAGAAUAGGGAUGCGAUGAAAUCCAGAGAAAAUCCGCAUACAAGUAUAUCGCAAGGUCAAUUAUAUAUUAUUCUUAAAUGAAAAUUACACUAGGUUGACUUUUA